CCCGGCUGCGGGGCCCCGCCAUGGAGUAAGGCCCCCUCCCGCGGCCGGACGGGGCCCCCCGCCGCGCCUCGAUGGCUCUGGUAACGGUGCAGCGCUCGCCUACCCCCAGCGCCACCUCCAGCCCCUGCGCCUCGGAGGCAGACAGCGGGGAAGAAGAGUGCCGGUCCCAGCCCAGAAGCAUCAGCGAAAGCUUCCUCACUGUGAAAGGUGCAGCUCUCUUCCUGCCCCGAGGAAAUGGCUCCUCUACCCCUAGAAUCAACAACAGGCGCAACAAGCAUGCAGGGGAUCUCCAGCAGCACCUGCAGGCGAUGUUCAUCCUGCUCCGGCCAGAAGACAACAUUCGACUGGCAGUAAGACUGGAAAGUACGUACCAGAACCGCACUAGAUACAUGGUGGUAGUGUCAACCAAUGGCAGACAAGACACUGAGGAAAGCAUUGUCCUAGGAAUGGAUUUCUCUUCCAAUGACAGUAGCACUUGCACAAUGGGCUUGGUACUGCCGCUGUGGAGCGACACCCUUAUUCACUUGGAUGGGGACGGUGGGUUCAGCGUCUCAACAGACAACAGGGUCCAUGUGUUCAAGCCAGUGUCCGUUCAAGCAAUGUGGUCUGCCCUGCAGAGUUUACACAAGGCCUGUGAGGUGGCCCGAAGUCACAACUACUACCCAGGGAGCCUCUUCCUCACCUGGGUCAGUUACUAUGAGAGCCACAUCGACUCCGACCAGUCUUCAGUCAACGAAUGGAACGCCAUGCAGGACGUGCAGUCGCACCGGCCCGACUCCCCCGCCCUCUUCACGGACGUCCCCACGGAGCGUGAGCGCACAGAGCGGUUAAUUAAAACCAAGUUAAGAGAGAUCAUGAUGCAGAAAGACUUAGAGAACAUCACGUCCAAAGAGAUCCGCACGGAGCUGGAGAUGCAGAUGGUGUGCAACCUGCGGGAGUUCAAGGAGUUCAUUGACAAUGAAAUGAUCGUGAUUCUUGGGCAGAUGGACAGUCCCACGCAGAUAUUUGACCAUGUCUUUCUGGGUUCUGAGUGGAAUGCCUCCAAUUUGGAAGAUUUACAGAACAAAGGGGUGCGGUACAUUCUGAAUGUGACUCGAGAAAUAGAUAACUUCUUCCCAGGCAUCUUCGAGUACCAUAACAUCCGGGUGUACGACGAGGAGGCCACAGAUCUGCUGGCGUAUUGGAACGACACUUACAAAUUCAUCUCCAAAGCCAAGAAGAACGGGUCAAAAUGCCUGGUGCACUGCAAGAUGGGAGUCAGCCGGUCAGCCUCCACGGUGAUCGCGUAUGCCAUGAAGGAAUACGGCUGGGACCUGGACCGAGCCUACGAGCACGUGAAGGAGCGGCGUGCAGUCACCAAGCCCAACCCAAGCUUCAUGAGGCAGCUGGAGGAGUAUCAGGGGAUUCUGCUGGCGAGCAAACAGCGGCAUAACAAGCUGUGGCGGUCGCACUCGGACAGCGACCUCUCGGAGCACCACCAGCCCAUCUGCAAACCCGGGAUGGAGCUGAACAAAAAGGAGAUCACCACUUCCGCAGAGCAGCUCUCCGAGCCCAUGGCAAACGACAACCACCAGCCUGCGUCUCCCGUCUUCUCAGUGGGGCCGCACGUGGGCCGUCUGCUCCAGCCGGACACGGACGUGAUCGAGGAGCUGGGCACCAAAGAGAGGAGGAUCCGUUUGGAGUUCGCAGCCAGAGACUUCCGCUCCGAACAAAUAGAGGAUGAACUGAACCUCAACAACAUCAACGGGUGUCCGGCAGGGUGCUGCUUGGAGGAGUCAGAAUUUCCCCUGGAUAAUUGCCAUUCUUCUGAGGCCUUGGUGCAACUUAAAGAGCCUUUGGAGAUGGCCACAGCAUUCCCUGAUCUGACCGUGGAUGAUCUAGAGACAGAUGCCCUUAAAACAGACCUGAACGUUCAUUUGGUACCCAUGGAGGAAUUCACGGCUUGUCUAAAAGAUCUUCCCAGGUCUCCUGAUCAGAAUUCCCCCAGCCCACAGCUCAGUUCCCAGCUUGAAACCACAGACAGGAUUGAUUUCCUCAGUGCCCUGGAGAAGUUUGAGGAGCUGUCCCAAGAAAGCCGGUCUCAUGCCUGUUCUCACACCAGGAUGGACGAGCAGGGAGGCGGAAGGAACGGGGUCUCCAAGAUGUCUGUGCUGGAGGUGCUGCCAGCAGGGACUGCUGUCGAUACCCAGAGAAAUAGCUCUGCAGGCAGCUCCCCUGCAGCACCAGAAGAGUCUUCCACAGAUGAGGAACAGCCAAAGGACAUCUCUGAACUGACCACUCUGGGCCCUCUCACAAGAUCACACUCGGAAAAUGCAAUCUCUGUGAAAGAAAUCAUAACUGAAAUUGAAUCCAUCAGCCAGGGCAUAGGACCGUGCCAGCAGAAGAUGGAGGUCUCAGCCAACCAUGCCCAAGCACCAAAGAGGAGUACCGUCCAUGAGUUGCCUGUAGAGGUGGUCUGGGCAUCUGAAAAUAAACCUGGGAAGGCUGAGCAGAGUGAAAGAGCUUGCACUGCAGAGCAGGAAACAGCAAAAGACCUCCCAAAACCAGACCAGGAAGGUGUCCCCACCUUCCAAUCGCCUACCUGUGCGUCAGAUGUGGAAGAAAGCGAUCCCGCAGAAGACCAGCAGGAGCCUCGAGUGCAGGGUCUGAACCCUGGGUCGAAGUGGUGUCCGGGGUCUGUUAAACGUGCCACCUUGGAAUUUGAGGAACGCUUGAGACAGGAGCAAGAGCACCAGCACGUUCCCCUCAUCUGCCUGCUACCUACUCGCAAGAAUUCCAAGAAUGAUUCUGCAGCUGCUGAGCUCGCGCCAAAGGGCAGGACCGAGGAAUUGACACGGGAGCCGGAUCCUGCCCAUGGAGAGAAUGAAAGCGACCAGGCCAGGGCAAAGAGCCCAGCAGCCGAGGGUGCGUUGCCUCAUGGCCCUGAACUGCCAGGGGGGACACACCUGUCCCCACCACUCGCCCCUUGCUUUGUGCAGCCUGCUCAGGAGCCUCCACUGGCAGAGCCUGGUGCUGAGCAGGAAGUGCUCAGGACUGUGGUGUCGCUGAAUGGCUCUGGGGAGCCCGCCCUGCCCUGUCACCUCCCCAAGAGGAUAGAAAUUAUCGAGUACCCCCACAUGGGCACGCCACCUGAUCUCCGUGAGCGUGACAGCAGCCGUGAGCAGGGCACGCUGGAGAACGCAGCGGCGUUGCUUCCAGUAGAUGAAAACCUGAACCCUUCGGUGUGCGCUGAGACGGCACCUGUACAUCCAGGUGCUCUGCCUUUGCGUAACCCUUCGGUACUAGAGCACAAGGCGAUCGGGCGGGCCACCUUCACCCUGGGCAGCCCCGAGGAAGAGUACAGUGCGGCACCGAUUAACCUGGAUACCUCUUCGUUCACUGGCCAGGUGAGGCGCUUGCCUUCAGCGGGCCUGGAUGACCUUUGGCACCAACGCGUAGUUCAUCUGGAGGGUGUUACGGAGCAGAGCACGAGCGCGGACGAUGAGCCAGUGGCACCAAGCAGCCUCUCAAGGAACGGGCAUGUCCUGUGCGAGGCAAGUGCCUUCGUGGAGCUGAGCAACGAGGACUUGGAUUUCCUCAGUGACAGCACUGAAGCCGUGGAUGUCUCUUUCCUCCCCGUCGGCCUCCCUCACAGCUCCAACAGCCCCAGCAUCAAAGACUCCAAUGAGACCCCCAGCUCAGUGAAGCAGCGUGCGAAGGAACUUGAGGCCCGGGUACGGCAAGCGGGGCUUACCACGCCGUCCCAGAUGAAACGCUCGGCAUCCUUAGCCAAGCUGGGCUGCCUGGAACUCUCUCGAGAUGACUUAACCAAGAGGGAGUUGGCCUCUUCCCAUGCCAGCCUCACCUGUCCUGACUUGCUGCCCGCCUCCCCCAGGACUGGCCAAGGCAAGUGUGAUGCAUUGCCAGAGCACGGCUUGGAAGGCCCCCCUGAAAAGCCUUGUGCCUCCUCUCCCCUUAUUCGCCAGGAUUCAAAGCCCACCAAGCAUUUUGUAGAGCAGCUUAAAACAACUGAGUGCAUUGUCCAGAGCCAGCCGGUGGAGAGGCCGCCCGUGCAAUAUGCCAAAGAGUUUGGCUCAGCUCCACAGAAUUUGUAUCCCAGCACAGAUCCUAGAUUGACUAGCUCUGAAGAGGGUCUUCCACUGCUACAGACGCAGGUACUAGACUCUCAGCUCCCAGCUCAAAGCCUGGCUGGAGCACCUAGACAUCAACGCAGUAGAACUCACCCUCUGAGGAGAGUGAAAAUGGCUACCGACAAAAGGCGGACAAGCAAUCCAUUCUAUAAUACCAUGUGAUCAUGAGCCCUCGGCUGUGACUUCUUUCUAAACAAAACCCAUGUCGUUGUGUUCAUACAAGGGGCAGGUGUAAUAUGUACGGAACAUGCACUUUAUUCGUUAAUUUUAUAUAUUUUGUCAUUUUACUGUUCCUGGCGCAUGUAGGUUUGGGUUGUAUUUUGUAUGGGACUCUGACUGCAAGACCGUUUGUUAUUUUUUUAAUUAUUUUUAACUCAAAUAACCUCAAAUAUUCUUUGUUUUCAAAGAACACCUUUCGUAAGUGACAAUUGCUGUUGGCAGUUGGCUCAUCUCUGUGUGGUGAAAUCUUGAGGGUUAGGUUAGAUUGGACCCAAGUCACAAAUAACUUGAAAACACACACAAACUGGUGCUAGCUGAGGCAGUUAUCAGAGUGGCAGCUGGUGUAAAUAUGAGGGUUGUGCCAAGAUUUGUUCGUGGCUUUUUUUGAUCUACUUUGAGCUAACUGGAACUCCGCAACAGUGACAAACUGCUUCUGAAACUGCCCCAGUGCAAACCCGUCGGGUUGGCUUGUGCCUGUAGCCCAAAGGCAGCUGAUGGCUGGGCUGCGCCUUUCAGUCUCUUGCUGUGGCUCCUACUUUGGAACGCAAACGUCUCUCUCUCUCUCACUCACACACACACACACACACACACACACACACAGUCUUGAUCAUGACCAGUGUGGUCAGAGACUUCAAACAGCAACCCCUCCCAGAACCAGCCUCUCCUCUGCUCCAAGCCUGGGGCUGCCAAAUUCAUUUGAAUUUCAUAAUCUAAAAGAACCCAGUUUAGCAGCAGCAAUUGGGGGGGAAACUGACGUGUGUUCUUUUAAAACAAACAAUUUUAUAGGGUUUUAACCCUUUCAUUACUUGAAUACUGCUGUGGGCCUUUUGAGUUAAUGGCCAUAUCAUCUGUUCACCUUUCUCUCCCCAACCCAGAGCUGUUUUUCCAGCACUGCCUGAGUGAUUCUCCCCACACUCACAUACACACUCAGCUGGCUCUCAAACCCGAAGGCUGAUGUAAUUGUUACAUAAUGUUUCCCCCAUCGACGCAGUGUGUUUCCCCUCGCUCUGCUGUCAUCUUAACACUUAACCUGGAGAAAUGAUUUGUCUGGAAGUUUCCUUUUCCCCCCUCAGUUGUGUACAUACAGUAUUUAUCUAGAUAACUUUUGUUAUUUCUCACAUUGUUUUCUUGAAAGGACGAGACUGCAUUCUGUAAACUGGAAAACAACCACUUGUCUCCAGCUGAGUGGUGUUCCUUGGCCUCUGCACAAACGCUAGAGUGGGUUUCCCCUUGGAAGCUGGCUUCUCUCCCAACAAGUGAGAGCCCGUUGCCCGCUUCUGCCAAAUGUGUCCAUCCUCCUUAAGUCUUGCAAGAGCCCCUGUUGUAAGAGGUUACCUUCUUCCACUGGCGGGAUGGUAUUUCAGAGCCUCUCGGAGGUUCAGCCGGCUUUGCUUGAGCGUGAGCACAGGGCAGGGUUCAGCUGAUCCUUGGCGGCUGGUUUCCAGUGGUGCAUAGCAGCGCAUUUCACAAAUGUUCCCUCUAGCGAAGAAUUCCAGCUAGUUUGCGCUUUGUAGACAAGCCGGAGCACCGACUUGCAGUGCUGGUGCUGUGCCACCAGGGGGCUGUUGGUGGGGUCUGGCACUUUGUUAACCACGCUGGCUACGCAUCCUGCCCGAACCAAAGUAACUAGCAAACCCCCUGGUGUUCUUAGCAGCUGCUCGUUGCAAUGGGGCUGAGCCCUGCUCCGCGUGGCAUUACGGGGUCGACGGUGCUGUGUGCACACCAGUUUUGAGGGUGAGGUGAAACGGGCAAUGCCUGACUCAGACGGUGCUGCGGUCACUGAGAACAGAACUCAGUUGGGUCCUGCCAGGACUCGCGACUGGAGCAACGUCCAGCAGGACCGGUUCUGAGCACCAGUGUCUGCGCAGCGUUCAUCACGUAGCAGCAGCGACUGUCCCGUUGAGGCAGGUGGUCGAGAGGAGCCCAGAACUUGCGAGGGGCUGUGGCUGAAACGCUGGCCCAUGCAGACUGUGGGCCAGGGAGCACUGGGGCUGCUCUGUGAGGAGGACAAUGGGAAGUGCCCUGUUUGCCAUCCAGCACUGGGCUUUGUGGAGUGCAAACGUACAGAGCUGCAUUAGCCAGCGCAGCACGCGGCCUGUUGGCUUGCGAGAGAGUCCCUGCGGGAGCACAGAAGGGGGAGUUGAAGAGAAGUAGGGGCUCAGGAAUCUUGCCACAGAGCUGGCGCCUGCCCCUUCCCUGUUCCGUGGGGGUGCUGGGCACCCAUAGCUCGAGCGCGGCUAUUCUGGCUGGACCCCGGGAAGCCGUCGGCCUGUUCACAGCACCGGGAUGUCAGGCCAGAAUCAGCUCACCCAUCUCUCUAGCCCAGCCUGGCUCUGGCACGCCUGAGUGAGCAGUGGCUUCUCUGCCCGCUGCUGGCUUAUGGCUGGAGGGUGGGAUCUGGGAGCCUGUCGUGGUUACAGCGUGGCCUGGCCAAGACGCCCCAGGUGAUCGGUCUGGGAACCGAUACAGGCAGAGCAGGUGCCGUCCUGGCUGAAAGGACACAGCAGCAUGUCCAGUCCCCUCCGCCGCUGAGCAGCGUAACUGAUGAGGGGGCUCGUGGCCAAUGUUUAAAGAUCUAUGAAGGACAUUUCUGUACAAAGCAGCCGUUCUGAUGAUCUCUUGCAAAGCUCUUGGAGGUUACGUUGUUUACAUUGUGCCCUUGACUCCUGGACAAUAUCUCAGCCCCCCAAUCUGUCUGCGGCCGGGCUCUGGCUGUACUGUCAAUUGCCUUCCGUGCGAGCCUUGCACGGAGGGUGCCAUGGUGUUCGGUCCUCCCGGAUCGUGUGCGCGCAUGUGUGAAACAUGAACUGGUCUGUUGCACUCAUUGAUGCCUAGCUUUCUUUGAGCUGCUCAAGAAAAUGUGUAAAAAAAAAAAAAAAAACAAAAAC